AUGGCUGCAAGCCUCGCGAGACUUGAGCGGCACACUCCCGCGAGAACGGCGGCUCGCGCACGCGCCGGGGGUGGGAGGAGCGGGGCGGUGCAGGUGUCCGCUUACUUAUUCAGCCAGCGGCGGAGCGCGGAUUGGACGUCGCGGGCGGGGGGCGUGGCCCAGGCCUCCAGGCAAGGGCGUCGCGCGCAGCCGGUGGGCGCGGCCUCCGAGCGGGUGGGCGAUUGGACGCUGCCCUCGGCGGGCGUGGCCCGGGGCUCCGACGGAGGGCGGCGAUUGGGCGCGACGCGCGGGCGGGGGGCGUGGCCAGGCGGGAUGGCGUCCUCCUCGGCGUCGGGGUCCCCCUCGGCGGUCCAGAUCCGCGAGGCCAACGCCCACCUGGCGGCGCUGCACGGGCGCGUGGCCGAGCUGGAGCAGCGCCUGGCCGCCGCCGAGGAGACCGUGCGCGGCCAGGCCGAGAGCCUCAUCCGCAAGGACGGCCAGAUGCGCCGCGCCCUCGCCCAGCUCCGCCAGAGCAAGGAGCGGGAAAUUGCCGCGUUGGAGGAGAAGCUCCAGUCCUCCGAGGACAACGCCCAGAAGCUCCUCGGCACCAUCCAGGAGAAGGACCACUUGAUUGCCCAGCUGAGCCACCGGAGUCGGCUGCUGACCAAGAUCUGCCGCAGCCGGCCCGUGCUGGACAAUCUCCUGGCCUACAUGGCCGAAGGGGAGCAGCUCAGCCCCAUCCCGGGAGCCCGAAGCGACGCCAGCUCUCCAGACGGCGGCCUCCUGCCGGAGACAAACUGCACCCUUGACUCGGACACCCAGGACUUUUCGCUCUGUGACGACGACCAGGAUGCGGAUAAGACUCUCUUUGGGACCACGGUGUGAAGUGGCUCCGUCGUGGGCUGCCGUCUCUCUGGGAACCCCUCCUUUGAGUCCUGCCCCCUCCCCAUUCUGAUCGCCUAAGCCGGAGUUGGGAGGUUUUUAGUGACCCCCUUUAACCCCAGGCGCUCCGACUUCUCUGGCUUGCUGGGUGCAAACCACUCGGUACUGACACACACACCCCACUUGUUACUCAGGAACAAUCUGCCUUCCCCUUCUGUGCACCUCCCCCCCCCCCUUUCUAGCUGGGUGUAGGGCACCCCCAGCCCUCUAAUCUAGGAGAAGCAGGAGGGAUGGCCCCACAUGGCAGCUUGACAGCAGAGGUGGUCAGACCCUGGGUCCCAGGGGGUCUAACAGUGCUGGACACUUGUAAGGCUGGCUGGUUUAAAUCUUGACUCCGUUUCCUUCUCCUGGUGGACUGGAGUUUCCCAGGAUAGUUCUGCUGGCCCAAAUGGGAACAGUUAGGAAAAACUCAUGCUGCAUUUUGCCAAUGGGUGGCAGGGGAGCCCCCCCCCCCGAACCCACUGAGAAAAAGAGCUAACUUUGCAUGUAAUCUCUGGGGUUGUUUCCUCCAGAGGCAGGCGACUACCUCGCACCAGCCCCCAAACUGGAGCAGAGCCUCACUGGGGCUUUAAGCAAAGGAAGGGGUUACCUUUGUAGGAGUUGUUCAUUGUAAAAAGAGAAAAGGCAAAGUUUUGCUGUCAACUGGGUGUCGACUCCUGGCGCCCACAGAGCCCUGUGGUUGUCUUGGGUAGAAUACAGGAGGGGUUGGCCAUUGCCUCCUCCCGCGCAGUAUGAGAUGAUGCUUUCCAGCAUCUUCCUAUAUAUCACUGCUGCCCGAUAGAGGUAACCACGGUGGGGAAACCAAUGCUCUUUUAUUGUGAGUAAAAGGGAAGGGAAGGCGGUCACCUUAAGUGGCGCAGCAGGGAAAUGCUUGACUAACAAGCAGAAGGUUGCCGGUCUGCAUCCCCACUAGUACUAUAUCAGGCAGCAGCGAAGGAAUCGAAAUCGACCUGAUGGCACCCUUUACCUUUAAAAGGGAAGGCGACGCUGACCUCUUGCUGAGGGUCCUGUGCCCAGAUUCAUUUCGGGGGGGAGGGGAGCACCAGCAAGCACCUUGUCCUCUUUCCUGGUCCAGCAGGUGGCCGUGAUGGCCCUGCCUUGCCUGCACGCAAAGGGCGGCCAUCCUGGUUAUUUUUCUAUUGGAGAAAGUUUCCCUUUUUAAAAAAUAGGAAGUCAGAAAUGAAAUAUUUAAAACUUAGGUAGUUUCCCUGUCUUUUUUUUUUUUUAACCACACUACUCGGUAAUAAUCUGCAGCACUGAUUUCUCUUGCUUCUCACCUCCUAAUCUGUAAAGGUUAGCCCACUCCGUCUCUAUGCACAGAGAACCUUUUCUCCCCGAGGUUGCUAACUACUUCAGGGGUGGCUAGUGGGCAAGGAAUUUUGUUACAGUCUUAGGAGAGGGGGGCAUGACAGGGGAGCUAGGCUAGUUGAGGCAGAUCAAGGAGCUAGACCUCAUGGGAGAAUUCUGGUGGUUCAGAGUGCAGGAGUUUCAGGGUAGUGCACACUAAGAACAUGCCCUUUAUGUGCCUGUCUCCAGGGCUGUGAGCAGCUGUGAACUCAGGAUGCUGGUGUGGAUGGUGGCAAUUUGAUUUCCAAGACUUUCCCUUCACUGAAUCCUCUCUUCCCUAAGCUUCUGUCUGCAUUGCUCUUUAACUCACCCCUUUUCCAGCCUUCCUAAGGGAAUGUUGACCUUGAGAAACUGGCUGCAGUCCAAAGCAGGUUUGCCAGGAAGCGCGGUCCGGUGGAACUCAGGGGGACUUGCUCCUGAGCAGAUGUGCUUAGGACUGAGCUGUUUCCACUCAGCUGUUACUGGGUCCAUAACGAAGGCAGCAGCCAGAAGCUCUGGUGAACUUCCAAGUGCCUUCUGGGGUUUUGUUACAUGAUGUCCUCAAUUUAACUUCUCCUCACUGGAAGCAAAAAUAAACAUAUUUUGGUAUUCUU